GGCGUGCCCCAUCCCCAGCAACCCCCAGCCCCGGCGCCUCCGAUCCCCACCCGCCACCGUCGCGUCUCUUGUCCAGCGAGACUAGCACUGCCCUCGAGUCCGCGACACAUCUCCGCUCUCAUCUCAUCUUCGGUCAGCGCAGCGGGCCUCUCUCCUUCUGUCAUUCCUCCCAGCCCCCACGUCUCUUCGAGGUGCUCCUCUCGCUGCCUCGAACUUGACCUUCCCGCUCCUCCACCCCUGCACUGCCGCUCCCUCCUGUUGUCUUCACCCACAAGCUCGGUCCCCCGACAAAAAUUGCUGGAUCCUGUGCUGCUUCUCGGGCGAGGUCAUUGUGCUGCACAUGCGCUGGCAAACAACAUCGUCUCUGGUUUUGUUUCCCAACACUCGGUAAGAGAGGAAAUUCUUUAGUACUAGUUUGAUGAAAGAAACAGCAGCAGUUCAUUAAUAUAAAAAAUCACAUAUUUGGAGGCACGCCAUUGUGUUUGCUACAAUGUCUCAGUACACUGGACUACUAGCUUUGCUCUGUUCAUCGUUUAUUUGUAGCUACCUUGUGCUUGAAAAUUGCUAGAGGCGGCCUGCUCCCGUUGGCUUCCACUGCGCUGUUGGCCUGCUCCACUCGUCUUCCACAGCGUGACGGCAGACAAGCCUGGAUGCCGUCGUCCGAACCGCCGCACCGCCCGACAACCACGCUCCUCCAACCACCAUCCAUCAGCGCACGGCACUCCAAGCACGUCCUCUGGAUGCCCCCUCCUCUUGCCUACUCCCUGACCAUCUCCCUCCUGCCCCAUCCGUCCAGGUAUGGUACUCACACCAGUUCAAGUAGUGAUGUUGCAACAAGUACAACAACUCCCCUAUCAAGCUUACUGAGCCAAAAAAGAGCAUUUGAUGGAUGAUUGCUAGCUCGCUUUUUCUUAACGAAAAUGUUCUUUUUCUGAAUUUUCAUUUUCACAAGUGUGAUGCAUGUGGUAUUUGAUUGAUGCAUUUUGAACUACUAGCUCACUUGGUACAUAUGAUGCGUUCCUAUACUAUUGUAUGAUCCAAUCUUUUUAGGUAUGAGCGAAAAACUAGAAAAUUUGUAGAAGCUUUUGUGUUUCUGUAUUUAUUUGUACAAUGGUAUAUGGAUGGGUUGUUCUUCCUUUUGUUGUAUGGUGAUGCUAAUCAUACACCAGCGUGGAGGCUAGUUCAUGUCUUGCUGUUACAUACUUGCAACAUUAUUUAGUUGUGUUCACAAGCAGGAAAGUUUGCAUUCGGGAAUUUAGACAAAACAUAUGUUCUGCCAUUACACUUUUCAUGCCCGACAGUUUAGGGCAAAUAGGUAACAUUAUCUCUGCUAGACCGGACUCUAUAUAUUCACGACACUCUAAACUACUAUGGUAAGCAUAUUUAAACUGAUGUAUUUCUUCUAGAUGCUGAACUUUUUGCAGUAUAGAGACUACAAGCUGGCGCUGCUGAAUUCAUUAGAAGCUCUCUAAUUUGUACAGGGGAUCUUGGGAAGCACGUGAACAAUCGGCUCAUUUGCUUGCCACCGUCAUGGACACCGCCGUGGCGCUGCCCAUUGCUCUCGCAGCGACGACGGAUGAUCUAUCUCCCAUGCCUCCGUCCUCAAUCUCGCUGGUGGUCAGCCCAGCUCCUGCAACCAACACAGGUCGUUGCCCCUUUUGCCACAACGGCAGCAGCACAAACAUUAGUGUGGUCGUCCUCAACCAGUCCCUCACGCGGCCUCCGCGCAAGCCCUGCUCAUGUAUGCUUACACCAAAACAGUUCAACAGGGGUGUGGGGUUCAGUUCGACGGUGACGACCCAGGCAGCUGGCCUUCGCAUAACGAAGUGGUGCAGUUUGAUCUUGUGUGAGUUGGAAAUCCCCUGAUGCUGAGUGUGUCAGUACAACCCUACGCUACAAGGCAUGCGUACAUCCACUUCACAUGUUAGUCAAUAGAAUUGUGCAUUUUCUUGGUACCUUUGCUACUCUAGCCAAAAAUAUUUUGUUGUUCACUUUUCUGUGCAACAGGAGUAGAGCCGUUUGAGAUGCUAUGUUCUAGCGAGGUGGCUUAUUAUGUUUGUCAGAAUGUAAUACUUUGGCCGCAAUGUACUUGUGUAUCUUUUUCUGAACGGAGCACGAACAAAGAUUAUGUCAUUAUGAA